UCUUUGUUGGCCUGGGCUCAGGAAUCCAGAGAAACUGGUCAGGGGCAGGCCCCAGGGACUGAAACACCUCCCUCUGCUCCCGCCCCUCUGAAGAGACUUAUAACCGCCCCAAGCUCUAGCUUGAGAGCGAGUGGUAGCUGUCAUCAGGAAGAAACAGGUCUGGUCACACUCACUGGGCUUGUGCUUCUGAUCGUUGGGAGAGACACUCAGUGGCUGUUCCAACUGGCUUUGCCUCCGGACUUGUAGUGAAAGGCCUCCCUGCGGACACUGAGUGUCCAUCCUCAGCACUCGGAUUUCUAUAGCCCCAGGGUCGGAUCUCCACAGACUUCCAGGUUCUAGACCCCAGCAGACGCUGAGCCAUGGCCUCCAUGGGGCUACAGGUGAUGGGCAUUGCUCUGGCCGUGCUGGGCUGGCUGGGAGCCAUACUGAGCUGUGCGCUGCCCAUGUGGCGGGUGACAGCCUUCAUCGGCAGCAACAUCGUCACAUCCCAGACCAUCUGGGAAGGCCUGUGGAUGAACUGCGUGGUGCAGAGCACUGGCCAGAUGCAGUGCAAGGUGCAUGACUCGAUGCUGGCGCUGCCACAGGACCUGCAGGCGGCCCGUGCCCUCAUGGUUGUCUGCAUCAUCUUGGCUGUGCUGGGUGUGCUGCUGUCUGUGGUGGGUGGCAAGUGCACCAACUGCGUGGAGGACGAGAGCGCCAAAGCCAAGACCAUGAUCGUGGCGGGCGUGGUGUUCCUGCUGGCUGGCUUGCUGGUGAUGGUGCCCGUGUCCUGGACGGCCAACACCAUAAUCCGCGACUUCUACAACCCGCUGGUGGCCUCUGGCCAGAAGAGGGAGAUGGGCGCCUCGCUCUACGUGGGCUGGGCAGCCGCGGGCCUGAUGAUGCUCGGUGGCGCCUUGCUUUGCUGCAAUUGCCCACCCCGCACUGACAAGCCCUACUCGGCCAAGUACUCUGCCGCUCGCUCGGCCCCCACCAGCAACUACGUGUAAGGUACCGCCCUUCAGCUCUCCCUGUCGGCUUUGUUUUUCCUGGGACUGAGCUCAGCUCGGCCUGUGACCUCAGGAUGGCCCUGCCACAGGCUGCUGGGGGCUGGGCAAACAGGAACUGAGCCAGGCAGUUGGCCGGCAGCCCUUAGCCCUUACUGGCCCUCUCGGACACCUUCCCAAGGCCUUCUCUACACCAGCAAGGAUGAACUGAAAGAGACUUCCGAGGCACCCUCCUCUGAAUGGCCGGCGGAUACAGGCCUGUGGCAGCAAUAGGGUGUGGCAGUGGAGUGGGGAGCUGGCUCUUGCUGGCCAGGACAGCUCAGCCCUGACUCUACUUGGGCUCUGCCUCUGAGUGGAUGCCCAGCCCAUACCCUUGUUGGCCACUGUUCCCUUCUUUGAUCUUCCCCACCCCCUUUGCCUGGAUCCUGUGGAAACCUGUGGCCAUGAGAAAGGCUGGGGCCUCUCUCAUCCACCUGCCUGUGGAGCACAGAGUUUACACAGAGUUGACAGACAGGUUUAGAAGGGAGGGUGAAGCUGCUACAAACUGGUUUGGGUAGUUGUGGGGGAGGCAGCUAUAGAGGUGGCCUUGGCUACCUGUACCCCUUCCCAGUGCUCUGAGACAGAAGCCUCAGCAGAAGUACCCUGGGCCUCUCAUGGCCACUUCUGGAUCUGCUGUCCCUGUGAAGGUCAUUGGUCAGCCUGAGGCAAACAGGGGGGACGGGGACGGUCUUUCUCUGGCCUUCAUCCCAGAAAGCCUUGAGGCUUUUUCCUGCGAACUUUGCGGUUUCUGUUUUGUAAUUUAAGAUCUAUUUGUCACAAUAAUUACUGUUAUUUUCUACAAUAAAUGGGACUUGUGCACA